AUGCUUGGCUAUAGUCGGCUUCAGGGAUCUGAGAGCCCCUUCGAUGCCAUAGCAGGCGACGUCUUGGGCGAUGCUAUUCAACUACAAGACAGAGAUCUCGAGCAGUUACACCAUUCCUGUGGCGUGCAGAGUGAUCACAAUACAGAAACAGAUGACGAUGUUGAGACCGAAAAAUCCAUGCCUCAAACAGUCCCAAAAUGGAAGAUGUAUCAAACGUACAGAUUAUUCAUUAAGUCAUCAUGCAUUGCAGCGCUACCUAGAUUCUGUCAGCCAGGGGGCAUGAAGGUCAGAGACAAGUUAUAUCCGACAUCCUACCUGGACGCUCUUCGAGGCUAUGCCGCAUUCAUCGUAUACGUCUACCACACAACCACCUGGACUGGAUUCCACACUUUCUGGCACCAUCAGCCUUUCGUGUCUAUUGUAUUUAACGGUGAGGGCAUGGUUGCACUGUUCUACGUUAUCUCUGGUUUCGUUUUGAGCUACAGCCUGCUGAGGAGCAUCCGGAGACAGGAGUCAGCCCCUACCCUUCAGGGGCUCGCGUCUUCCACAUUUCGCCGCUACCUCCGACUCUACGGCUCUACCGUCUUGGCCACAUUCAUUGCGUUGAUCCUUGUUCGCUUGGGUUGGUAUGGCGGUGAUCGCGGCUUGCAUCAACCAUCCCUCCUCGAUCAGAUCAAAGACUGGUCAUUUGAAACCAUCUUUUAUUGCAAUCCUUUUGCUGAUAUAAGAGGGUGGUACUACGGGGGAGUCCACAACACUAAAUACCUGCCAACAAUGUGGACCAUUCCCGUUGAAUUCAGGGGGAGCGUUGUAGUGUUCAGCGUCUGUGCUGCUAUGUGCAAGCUCAGUACACGAUCAAGGAUGAUCGUGUGCUGGAUGAUCAUUUUUUCGGGCUAUCUCUGGAAUGCGCUCUAUGUGUCUCAGUUUCUCUACGGCGUGUUUUUGGCAGACCUCUCCUUGAGCAGGAAUUCAGAGCAUUUAGUGUGGUCCGAGAAUCCUCCAGACGCCCGAGAAUUACCCUUCGAGGGUCAGAGCAGGAACCAGACGAUUCCGGCCAAAAUUGGCUACUGUCUUCUCUUCAUUGUCGGCAUAUUGCUCCUUGGGCAACCAGAUGACACAGAGCUGGGCGUCUGGGGUCAGUUUCCUUGGGGUUUUCUGAAGCGUUUUAUUCCGUGGUACUACGAUGCUCCAUCUGGAGAGUAUUGGUAUCUAUCCGUUGGUGCCUUUCUCCUCGUGCUGUCGCUAGAAUCAUACCCCGCCCUGCAUCGACCUUUGGAAUGGGGGUUCAGCCAGUACAUAGGCGACUUGAGUUUCGGUAUCUAUGCCAUACAUCCGAUGCUUUUGUUGGGCUUCUAUAUGACUUGGGAAGAGCCGAUGAGAGAAAAAUACCUCGGAGACUCGCCAUGGGCUUUCGUGCCUGGUCUGAUUGUCAUGACAUUUCUACUUAUCUCAGGUGCGGAUUAUUUCACCAGAAUGGAUAGGAAGGUAGUUCAAUUUGGGAAGUGGUUGCAAGGCAGAACUUUCAGGGAGUGGAGGAACUGA